AUGUUAUUCAAAACUGUCAUCACCGCUUCCGCUAUCGUUGGCCUUGCUGCCGCGGUGCCCUUCAGCACUAACACCACCACAAGUGCCUGUCCCACCCUUUGCGUGGAUGCUAUUAAUGACUGUGGUGUCAUGUACGGAGCAUGCUAUCCUAUUUGCUCCCCUGAGCUGUAUCCUACACCACCGCCAUGCACUCCUAGCACACCAAUGACUACACCCACCCUCACCCCUAUUACUCCAGACAUUGCCGUUACUCUUAUCACGCCAACUCCUGAGUCCGUCGCGAACUCAACUUUGUAA